AUGAGUUCAGUGGAUUAUUUGAUUCAGAAAAAAGGAUUUAAUAUCCAGAAUGCUCUUGCCAGCAGGGUCCCGCUGAAAGAUGCUGAACUGGAGAAGUUGAUGGAUGUUUUUGAUCUAAAUCUUCUUGACAGAGAUACAUUUUCUAAAUCUGAUCCAAUUUGUGUCUUAUACAUUCAAGGAGUUGGAAAUAAGGAAUGGAGAGAGUUUGGAAGAACUGAAGUGAUUGAUAAUACUUUAAAUCCUGACUUUGUAAGAAAAUUUAUUCUGGACUACUUUUUUGAAGAAAGAGAGAACCUUCGUUUUGACUUAUAUGAUGUUGAUUCAAAGAGUCCUAACUUAUCCAAACAUGACUUCCUGGGACAAGUGUUUUGCACACUGGGGGAGAUUGUUGGGUCCCAAGGAAGCCGCUUGGAGAAGCCAAUAGUAGGAAUUCCAGGGAGGAAGUGUGGGACAAUCAUCCUUACAGCAGAGGAAUUAAAUUGCUGCAGGGAUGCUGUUUUGAUGCAAUUCUGUGCAAACAAAUUGGACAAGAAGGAUUUCUUUGGAAAAUCAGAUCCUUUUCUUGUAUUUUAUCGAAGUAAUGAGGAUGGCAGCUUUACAAUUUGUCAUAAAACAGAAGUUGUCAAAAACACUCUAAAUCCUGUAUGGCAAGCGUUCAAGAUCUCCGUCAGAGCAUUGUGUAAUGGGGAUUAUGACAGAACAAUCAAAAUAGAGGUGUAUGACUGGGACCGAGAUGGGAGUCAUGAUUUCAUUGGGGAGUUUACAACAAGCUAUAGGGAACUUUCUAGAGGCCAGUCACAAUUCAAUGUAUAUGAGGUAGUGAAUCCCAAAAAGAAAGGAAAAAAGAAAAAAUAUAUUAAUUCUGGAACAGUAACUUUACUCUCCUUUUUGGUAGAAACAGAAGUUUCAUUCCUUGACUACAUUAAGGGAGGAACACAAAUCAACUUUACUGUGGCUAUUGAUUUUACAGCAUCUAAUGGCAACCCUGCCCAGCCCACCUCUCUUCACUACAUGAACCCUUACCAACUGAAUGCCUACGGGAUGGCCCUGAAGGCCGUAGGGGAAAUCGUUCAAGACUAUGACAGUGAUAAAAUGUUUCCAGCUCUGGGAUUUGGAGCAAAACUGCCCCCAGAUGGAAGGAUAUCACACGAAUUCGCUUUGAAUGGCAACCCUCAAAAUCCCUACUGUGACGGCAUCGAGGGUGUCAUGGAGGCUUACUACAGAAGUCUGAAGUCCGUGCAGCUGUAUGGUCCAACAAACUUUGCUCCUGUCAUCAACCACGUAGCAAGGUACGCAUCUUCUGUGAAGGAUGGGUCCCAGUACUUUGUCCUCUUGAUUGUCACCGAUGGCGUUAUCUCAGAUAUGGCUCAAACAAAGGAAUCCAUAGUGAAUGCCUCAAAACUUCCAAUGUCAAUAAUUAUAGUAGGUGUUGGACCAGCGGAAUUCGAUGCAAUGGUUGAAUUGGAUGGGGAUGAUGUAAGAGUUUCCUCAAGAGGAAAGUAUGCUGAACGGGACAUUGUACAGUUUGUGCCAUUUCGAGAUUAUAUCGACCGAAGUGGAAAUCAUAUCCUGAGCAUGGCCAGACUGGCUAAAGACGUCCUGGCUGAGAUUCCAGAGCAGUUCCUGUCCUACAUGCGGGCCAGGGGGAUCAAGCCCUCGCCCGCACCUCCGCCCUACACCCCUCCAACGCACCUGCUGCAGACCCAGAUCUGAGCGCCUGCCCAGGUCGCUAUGGUUACCGCUCCCCCCCGGUCGCUAUGGUUACCGCCCCAUCCAUCAGAGCCGCGGGUCCACGCUGUGCGCCUGGUGCUCCCUUGUGAACCAGAGAGCCGAGAGACUCUUCUCAGUUUGGUUUCAGAAGUACUAGUUCGUGUGCUUCCUUGGAUCCAAAAUUACAUUCUUCUCCUAAACCAAAACUGUAAAUAUGGCUGUUUGUUGCAUGAGCAACAGGGGAAACACAGUGGCUGAAAGUCUUGAAAACAGAUGUCUUCUCUGAAUCUUUCUUUCUUUCUUUCUUAGAACAGCUAAUUUCCAAUGUAUUCGUUGGGAAAAAGCACAAGCUAUGUUUUCAAUGGGAAUAUUGUCCCCGGCUGCUAUAUGUGUAGGAGCAGUCUCUCUGUAUCAAUGUUUACAUGUUACUAACUUUUUAAAUUUCAAUACUUUUAUAAUUGUUCUUAAGAAGAAGAGUUUUGAAUAUUCAAUCCUUUGUCCUAUACAUUGCAAUAGUGAUACUCACAUUAAGAGCAAUAUCUCUUUGAAUGACUGUCUGGACAAGUAAAAUUGCAAAGAAGGGAGGAAAGUAAGAUGCUUUUCUUAUUUCUUACUGAGUGAAUUUUCUCAAGGAGCCACAUCUGCUUAGGGAUUCAUUUCUCAGUUAAGUUUGCCAGGUAUGGGAAUUUUUAGCUUAGCAGAUAGGUAUCCUGCGAGAGCAAGCAUUUUUUUUUUCUCAUGGAGCUUGGAUUCUAAAUAUAGACUGCAGUUGGUUUAUAUUUUGCCACACAGCGAAGUAGACGAAUUCAAAAGUUGAACACCAUGACCUAUCAAUGCACAGAAAAUACUUCUACUGCAAUGCUAUUUAGAAAGAUGACUACAUGAAAUCCAGAACAUUUAUCUAUCAACCAUGUAGCAGAUGUUUUAAACUUUUUAUUCCCUUCUAUAUUAUGUCUAGAUAUUUUAAUUCAAAGGGAUACUGGCUCUCUCAAUUGGGAUUUCUUGUUAUCACCCUUUCACACUGCUACACAGGGUGUACUGACUGGAAUCUUCUGUGAAAUUCCCAAUGCAGUAGAUAAAACCAUGUGACUUAGUGCACAUUUGUGAAAUAAUCUACUCUGACAUACUGACCUGCCUGUCCACAAUUCAUUAUCAAGAGUUUUUGCAUGUACAGUUUUUACAAGAAUUAUGGUUUUGUGAAGUUGCGUCUCAAUUCAAGCAUUUCUUUAGCACAAACAGCCUUAAAUUCUCACAGAAUUCCUGGAACUGAUUGUGAAUUGCCUUCAAAAUAUAGAAAAGUGUAUCUUAUUUUUCUUUUUGUGUCAACAAUGUCAAUGGCUUUGUAAUAUUUUUUUCUUUACUUACACCUUAUUUCCUACUUGAUUUAUUUCUACUGUAUGUUAUUCUGUUUGUCCCAGUUUGACCUAGGGUGAUUUUUAUAAGCAUGAAACUAUUUUACUGAAAAAAAUAUACCCACAUAUCUUACAGAAUCUCUGUUACAUGACUGUAUUACUCAAUUGUCCGUUUUUAAGUAUGUAUGAAAAUCUUUAAAAGGAUAACUAUUUGCACUGUAAAUUUCAUAUAUGAAUGACAUGGGGUAUGAAGAUUUCCUGAUUGUAAAUAUUUAUGUCCAUCUGGUUUAUUAAUCUAUUCAUUUUUUAAAAUUUGUCUUUAUUUGUCACUCAAAAAAAACCCUAAA